CCCAGCGCGGGGCGGGAGGCGGCGGCCGCCAUGGCGUUGUGCGGGGCGCGCUGUCAGUGUUUGCUGAGCCUUCCUCUGCAGCGCAGCUGUCUGCACAGCACAGUGAGGCUCCUGAAGAAGAAAACUGCCGCAGAGAACUGGUGGCUGGAGCGGCAGUUGAGGGAUCCCUUCGUCAAGGCAGCGAAACAGCAGCAUUACCGUUGCCGGAGUGCCUUCAAGUUACUGGAGAUAGAUGACAGGCUUCAUAUUCUCCGCCCAGGACUUUCCGUUCUUGACUGUGGAGCAGCACCUGGUGCUUGGAGUCAGGUUGCUGUAGAGAGGGUCAAUGCCUUAGGUACUGAUCCUGCUGCCCCUACUGGCUUCGUCCUUGGAGUUGACCUCCUACGGAUUUCCCCGCUGGAAGGCGCAGUCUUCUUGUCACAGGCUGACAUUACAGACCCAAGCACACAAAGGGCGAUUCAGAAUCUGCUUCCUGCAAAGAAGGUGGAUGUUAUUUUGAGUGACAUGGCACCGAAUGCAACAGGCAUUAAAGAGCUGGAUCAUCAGAAGUUGAUCGGUUUGUGUUUAGGCCUUGUGAAUCUGUCACAAAGUAUUUUAAAGCCAAAAGGGACAAUACUGUGUAAAUUCUGGGAUGGACAUGAGUCCCGUGUUCUUCAAAACAAAUUGAAGGAGCAGUUCCAAGACGUGAGAACUAUAAAGCCUCAGGCCAGUCGGAAGGACUCAUCUGAAUCUUAUUACUUGGCAAGAUUGUACAAAGGGAAAUGAAAGCUGGGAAAUGCAGAAUAUCAAACAGGUGAUCAGAGACAGACUGGAAAUCUGAACGUGGCAUGUGUUUAAAGAAAACUCCCAGCAUGAAGAUCCCCAGCUUGAACUAUUAGAUUGCUGAGAACAACCUCGGGAAAUCUGCUGCAAUUCUCACAAAGUACAUCAUGCUUUUCAAAUAUGAAAAUAAAACCAGGGUGCUGCCCCACUGAGUUUAUCCACUAAUUGCACAAGCAGAGACAUCCAAUCUAGCUUCACACCUGUGGAGAAAACAGUUGGGAAUGGAGAGCAAUAAUGGAGAGCAAUAAUCUGAAAGGCAACCUCUGGGGCUGUUGUAAUGGAAAUGAAAAUAAAGCAGUGAUUAUAUGA